AAUAUUUAUUCUUUGUAAGCUUCACACAUCCGAGGAGCCGCAGCGCUGCACACACCGCCUAUGCAAGCUGUGAGAGGCAGCCGUGUAUCAGUAUUUCAAGUGCUUUCCAGGUGUUUCCCUUAUCAAAAAAGCUGCCAGUUCUUUGUGAUAAUAAUUGAAAAUGUGUGUUAUGAUCUUCUUUCGACCAAGCUGCGUGGCCUGUACAACAAGGAGUUUGUCCUUUGGCAUCGGCCUGAUCGGCUCGAUAAUCUCCGUGAUAUUUAUCAUUCUGACAUCCUUCAUGUUGCACACAAGUAUCAGCGAGAACUACGAACAGAAUUUCCUGCCCUUAAAAGGUACGAUAGGGGUCGUCAUUGCUGCGUUAACUCUUAGUCUGCUUGCGAUGCCAUGUAGCAUCAUCCUUAUCAUAGGAGUCUUUAAGGAACGCCGUGCUUUGGUUCUCUUGUGGAUGUUCUUACUGGGUAUCCCGAUAGCUCGCGAUAUAACGACCAUCUUCUUCGCAUUAGAGUCCACUGGGAGUGGCAUUUUCAUCAGCCUCUUCCUCUUCGAAAUCUGGUUCUACGUCCUUGGAUUCAUCGUCGUUCGCUCAUACGGCUCGUCGAUAUCCUAUUACUCCAGCAGUCGGAAACAGACAAGUUUGGAAAACCCAAACCCCGGAGUGGACGGAUCCCGGGUAUAAGGCGGGAGCUUUUAUCGCGAGAAACGUACAGCCAGCGACGGGGAAAGGAAAAAGAAGACUUCAAAGUGUACGAUUUCGUGCGUUCUGUAUAUACGACUGAUGACAUUAUGUUCAUAGGCUCUGUGUGUAUCCGCAUGUGUGUUGUGUAUGUAUGAAUAUUGACGUAUUGUACAUGGGUAGGUACCAACUUAGAUAUAUAUAUAUAUAUACAUAUAUAUAUACAUAUUAAUAUAUAUAUGAAUAUAUAUAUACAUAUAUAUAUAUAAAUAUACAUAUAUACAAAGAUAGACACACACACAUAAACAC